CCCAGCCAAUCGCGUUGCGUCGCGCGGCCGUCGCCGGGCAGCGCGAGCCGUUGGGUUUGAAGCGGCCAACCGCGGCGCUGUCCGCGCGCCGUUUAAAAUGCUGCGGCGCAGGCGGGGCGGGCGAGCGGCGGCGGCGCGGCGGAGGACCAUGGCGCAGUUCCUGUUCGAGGCGGACCUGCACGGGCUGUUGAAGCUGGACACGCCGAUCCCGAACGCGCCGCCUGCGCGAUGGCAGCGCAAGGCCAAGGAGAGCGGCCCCGGGCCCAGCCCCGUGGGCGUGUCGCCCAUGAAGCCGGUCAAUCGCUCCCACAGCUCCAGCAAGACGCCGUCCAAGACACCCGGUAAAUCGGGAUCCAAAAUUCAGAGCACCCCCACAAAGGCUGGGGGGGAUCGCUACAUUCCCAACCGCAGCACUAUGCAGAUGGAGAUGGCAAAUUUCCUCCUAACCAAAGAGAAUGAUUCUGCUGAGGAAUCUCCUACCAAGAAGGAGCAACAGAAGGCCUGGGCAGUGAAUCUGAAUGGUUUUGAUGUAGAAGAGGCCAAGAUCCUCCGCCUCAGUGGAAAACCACAGAACGCUCCAGAAGGCUAUCAGAAUAACCUGAAAGUGCUCUACAGUCAGAAAAUGACACCUGGAUCCAGCAGGAAAAAUAGCAGAUACAUUCCCUCGAUGCCAGACCGGAUCUUGGAUGCACCAGAGAUCCGCAACGACUACUAUCUGAAUCUCAUAGACUGGAGCUCCCAGAACUUCCUGGCAGUGGCUCUGGACAACACUGUUUAUCUGUGGAAUAACACUUCUGGGGAGAUUAUCCAGCUGCUGCAAAUGGAGCAUCCAGAUGUCUACAUUUCCUCUGUGUCAUGGAUUAAAGAAGGAAACUACCUUGCUGUUGGCACAAGUAGCGCUGAAGUCCAGCUAUGGGACAUUCAGCAGCAGAAACGUCUCCGAAACAUGACCAGCCAUUGUGCCCGUGUGGGAACCCUCAGCUGGAACAGCUACAUCCUCUCCAGCGGGGCACGGACUGGCCACAUCCAUCACCAUGAUGUCCGAGUGGCUGAGCAUCACGUGGCUACCCUUGCUGGCCACACACAGGAGGUGUGUGGACUCAAAUGGUCUCUAGAUGGCCGCUACCUGGCCAGUGGUGGCAAUGACAACCUGGUGAACGUCUGGCCGUGCACCCAAGGUGGGGGUGGAGACUUUGCUCCUGUACAGACCUUUACUCAGCACCAGGGUGCUGUCAAGGCUGUGGCAUGGUGCCCAUGGCAGAUGAAUGUUCUAGCCACUGGAGGUGGCACUAGUGACAGACAUAUCCGCAUCUGGAAUGUGUGUUCUGGCACCUGCCUCAGUACUGUUGAUGCCCACUCCCAGGUCUGUUCGAUCCUGUGGUCAACAAACUACAAGGAGUUCAUUUCAGGCCAUGGCUUUGCACAGAAUCAGCUGGUCAUAUGGAAGUAUCCAACAAUGACCAAGGUUGCAGAGCUGCAAGGUCAUACGGCCAGAAUCUUGAACCUGACCAUGAGCCCUGAUGGUACAACAGUGGCCUCAGCAGCUGCUGAUGAAACACUGCGGCUCUGGCGCUGUUUUGAGUUGGACCCCAUAAAGAAGAAGGAGAGAGAGAAGGCAAACAGUGCCAAAAGCAGUAUCAUUCACCAGAGCAUCCGCUGAGAGCACUGGGUUGUUGUGGGGAGGGGAUAUUUUGUUUACACACUGUACAGUAUUUUAAAUGUUAAUAAACUGCUUAACUUUACCUUUUCUUAAGAGAGUCUGGUGGAAGAAAAAGCCAUGGCUCCCAGACCCAAGUCCUUCUCCCUGGGGCUGGGGACCUGGGCAAGGGCUGGAGCCUUAGUUCUUCAGGGUGCUGAGCCUAGCAGAAGGAUGCUGUGCAAGGGCUGUAUUUCUGUUUGUGUCCUGGCUAAGAUAGAUAUGGCACCAUCACCUGCCCCAUCUAGAUGCUGACUACAAGCACAGCAGCUUCACCACAGGCCAAACUGAAAGCACAGCAUGGCUGUGGGGCCUCAGUUUCUGUUGUGUCCUGUCUUACAACCAUUGGGGCCUUACUGUGGCUCUGCAGGCAAUGCUCAGUUUGUCUUGUCAGCUACAGGCACUCUUCACUGCCUGCUUAUGGUGGUGGAGCAGAAUAGCUACUUUCACAGACUGAAUUGCUAGUGGAAAAAAAAAAGGAGGGGGGAAACAUACAGCAACAGCUGUGAUCACCCCAAAGGCCAGAACCGGGUUGGCACUGGCAUAAAGCCCGAUACAAAACAAAAGGUUCGUUUACACUACCACAGCCAGCCUGGAUGUCAUGCAAGAGCCACACAAAGCACCACCAACCUUGUGCUCAGCCAUCAGUCACAUAUUCUUCCAACAACUCUGAUCUGUCUUCCCCUCCUGCUGACAGGAAGCCCUGGUCCCUUGCUGAGGCUUUAGGCAUGGGAGCAGGCACUAGGGCUCAGCUAUUAUUUGUUAGAGCUUGACUUCCCUGCACUUGGAAAAAUGCCUUUUUUCCAGGCUAAAUUGUGCUGGAGCAAGUUGCAGGAAAUAUAUUUGAGCCCUUAUCUGGGCAACAGCCAGCUCAGCCAUGCAUGCUCAUGGUGGAGCCACAGUGUCUGAGGUUGUGGGGCUGCACCACCAGAGCCAUCAAGCCUGUCCUUCAGCUGCACCAGCAUUGCCAGGGACUGCUGGGGACACUCACUGCACAGCUGAUAAGCACCUUGGCCUGUGAAAAGCAGCUCCCCCAAGCCUGUGCCUCCCAUCAACCCUUAGUGAUUAGCUAAGGGUGGAUUAUUAACUGUUUUCACCUUCCCCUCAGCACAGUACCACACUGUACCUAGCACCAGCUCUGCUUCCUGAGCUUUACACCAGCUGGAGCCUUCAAAGGUUCCAACUCAUGCUCUGCCAAAGCCAGUGAGGGUGUAACCACACCCACCAGAGCACCCCCUCUACACACACAGCUGCUAUGGGGGGACACAGUCUCAAAAAACAGCAGCUGAGCCCAGCACCUCCCCAGCAGCACUGCUGGUGCAUCCCCAUUUGGCCACUUGGGAAAGAUCACUGGAGGUCCAAGGAAGGAGCUCUCCCUCUUCAGACACAAAUCCCAGGACAGCAGCUGUCUCCAACGGGGAAGGAGGCAGGAACCCAGAUGCAAGGUUAGGCUCUUUCCCAGAGCUGUGCUGCUGUUGUAGGAGCCCUGCCCCACACCCCUGCUCUUUGGUGUUAGCACAGACUUGCCCUGUAGGCCCACAGCUGGUUCAGGUCUGGUGCCUGACCUGGAACAAAGGCUUUAUAUGCCUGAAAGCUGUAAUUUUUUCACUCCUAGGUAAAAGCAGCUCAGCUUUCUCUGAUAGGCUCUUUCUCCUUAGCACAUACCCUACCCCUAGAUGCUGUGCAUUACACAGCCCUUGAAGGUCCUCUGAGCAUUACUAGAGGGUAAUGCUAUUGCAGGGUCUUUGGCCCCAGACUGGUCCCUUACAGUCCUGGAGUGAGGAGGAGCAGAGGAAGGAAGUGGGCAUUGAUCCAGCAGACCCAGUAAACACAGCCCUAUAAGGUGUGAAUUCAGUUCACAGCAUGACAGCAUAUUAAUUACCAAGUGCCAUGGCCAGCCCAUAGAAGAGCACAGCUAAGAGGAACAAUUGGAGGAAGGGAAAGCAGAGCACAUGCAGGGAACAGCCCAUUCUAAAAUACCAAGCAUAAGUAGUUUAAAGCAUUGUUACUAUUUUGGGCAAGAGCAAAGACAGUCAUGUCUUUACCAAGAGCCGGCUGGAGGGGAGAAAGAGGUUUGACAGGAAAAGGUCCAUGUCAGCUAGACUAUCACCUACAGCUCCUGAAGUGAUGACUUCUGAGCACUGAACUAACAUUACACACCUCUUCAGCACACAUCAGAACAAUUCUCAUCCAAGUCUUGACUCCCAAAGAGGCAUCAACAAUGGGGAGAACACUGCACAGUGCAGCAGCCAGCUCCCACUUUGUGACUUGUUGCAUACAAGGACAUUGAGUGCUGUAGGAGAGGGUGCUGUCCGUGUGUGAUUUAGGCAUGUUAGUCACACCAGUUCAGGGCCCUUAAAUGUGCUUUCUGACAAAGCAUUUCAGAGCAUGGCCUUGAGGUGUCCAACAGCCCAGGUCAAAUCAGCAGAGCUCUCUCCCACACCAAGCUCUGCUCCAGGGCUUUGGCUGGACAUCCAGCAAAGCCCUCCCACCCCACAACCAAACCUACAGUGAAACUCAGCAUCUGGAGGGUGCUGCUCUAACACAUUCCUCCCAGCCACAAGCUGCCCAGGCUUGAGUCAGCACCCAGGCUGGCCUCUGCAUAAGAGGGCCCCAGUCAUGGGAUGAUGGGGAAGGCAGCCCUGCACCCCAACAGCACUGAAGGGAUACCAGAACGAGACAGUUGGAAAGGUAACAGAGCUAGCCAGGCCAAGAUUCACGUCUGCAGCAAAAGCAAGGCAGCAACAUCAACCUUUCUCUGGCCAAGCUGAGCUACAUUCUGCACAGAUCCAUGCCACAGGGGCAUUUACAGAUGGCAGCAGUUUUUGCUUUGGCAGAUGCAGUAAGCAAUAAACUGCUGUUUCCCAAGCACUCAAGUUUCCAAAGUCUCUAUUCCCUGCUCUGCCACACCUCAAAUCCCCAUGAUUUCUGAAAAGCAGCAGUUCUUCCUGGGCAGGUGGCCCAGGGCCCAGCCCACACCCACACUCCACCCCAGCCAUUUUUUGACAGGGUGGAGUCACUUUCCCAACAGAAGCCUUGACACAUAUCCAGCCCUGAGCACUGCUCUACCAAAACACUCGGAAACAAUCUGCCAUCUGCUUCAUCAGCACACAACUA